CCUGCCCGGCCGCACGAUCAUGAGGUGAACUCCGGCGUCCAACUUUUGUAAAUACUAAAAUGUCUUCCGCGACUUGUACAUUCGCUAUCGUCUGCCUUCUUUGUUCAAGUGUUUUUGUUCGCGCCAAAUUAGACAUAGACGAGACUACCGAUGUCUUCGACCAGAGUGCUUUCGGCGAGAACGACUUGUGGAGCACCCUGUACCAACAGUGCGGUAAACGGUCUAGUUACGGGUGCGUCCAGGAGAGUCUUACGUCGUAUUUGGACAGUGCUUUGGAGUCAGACUUUGUGACGGACGCGGUGUCUUUCACACAGAACGAGAACAACUAUACGAACAUUUGUGCGAGAGUGAAGAAAGAUCAUCCGGGAGACUUCAACGAACGGGCAGAACGGAAGUUGGAGUACAACGAGGAUGGGUUCUCAGAGUUUAUCGAGAAAGUGGAAGAGGUAGAGAAAAAGGAGGAUAAUUUUAGAAAAGGUAAAUCCUUAAAAGAAUCUUCAACUGAAGAAACAUCGAUUCCAUCAGUUGUGGAUUCGCAAAACUCCUCACAAAACUCUACUUUACCCGAGUCAAAGAACAUUCGAGACUUAACUGAUGUGAUGUACGAUCGAGGUCUCAAGUACUUGAUGACCCACGAUGUAGACUUAGCUAUCCCAUCCUUCAUGUUUGGAGGAGGCAAGGUGCGAAUCUCCCCCAGAGGAUUUGACGACGAUGGAGGAGCGAUCGUCAAGCUGAACGUGCUCCCUGACCAACCUCAAGAGGGGCGUCUCUUCUUCAAGCACAUCAAGAAGCUGUUCAGGAAGAAGCUGAUGUCGUCGAUGUUAGCGGCCAUGUUGAUUCUGAAGUUGCUCAAGUUGAAGCUCAUGUUCUUCCUACCCGUUCUUCUGGGAGUUGGAACCGCCAAAAAGAUCCUCCUGAAGGUUCUGCUGUUCCUGUUUCCCGCGCUGGCUCAUCUGUUUAAGCUCUGCUCGUACUACCACCACAAGCACGCAAAAUAUCACCAUCAUCAUCACCAGAUCGCCCACCACCACCAUCACAUCCCAGUGCCAGUCUACACCCCGGUACACACCGCCCCCGGGGAGCUGCCCGCACCAUACCCCGCCAGCUACGACGCCACGGGACCCGGUGUGUAUCACAGUCGUACCGAGGCCCCAGGCAGUCUAGCGGACCUUGCGGCCUGGGGCCUGGGCGAGUACCCGUCCGCCUGGGACAACAACCUCCCAGCGGCGACCGACCCUCCGAGGUACAACUACCCUACACGACCUCAACAGGUUGUAGCAGCAGCGACACCACAGUACGCGACGACUGCUAAUCUCAAGCAGCUGUACGCCUCAGCACUAGCCGGUGGCGUCAGCAAGACUCAGCAACAGCAAUACACGCAGCAGUACAACCAGGCGGUGACGUCACGUCUGCAGGCGCUGACGCCACGACCAACUGCGACGUCAGCGGCAUCAGCAGUGUACGACCCGUUCUACUCGCCCAUGCUGCAGAGGCUAGAUGCGGUCUUCAGCAGUCUCGGGGUCGCUGACGAAGGCUGCAGAGAGAGAGUCGUCUGCAGCAUGUACAAGAACCCGACGAGGUUUAGCCCGCACAGCAAUCUCGUGUCGGCAGAGCUCAGCAGGGACCCCUCCGAGCUUCAGAAGCCUUUGACAGCCAACAAUGCUGUGGUGAGGUUCUACCGCUACCUUCAGGCAGCACGAGAUGGUCAAGAGCACAAGGAAUGUUUGAGGCUCUACCCAGCAUGUUCAGUUGCCACAGAGUAAACCUACGCCUAGACAUGGAGAAACCAUGGGAAAUUUACGCUGAUCUUUCAGCGUAAAAAUCAAGCUGAUGAGCCAAGGAUUGUCUUAAGCUCUAAAUUCAGUGUUGUGUCUCAAUAGAAAAAAAACCUGCAUAUACAGAUAGACAAAAUGAUCCGAAAUGGAGCUGAAAAUCGUUCAAUGUAAACACCACCCUAAGCUCUUCAAUCUGUAAUGUUUCGAUUAGGCAAAUCUAGAUCCAAAACUAACGUAAAAAGUAGAAGUUAUAAAUGGCGCCUACAAAGCUAAAUAUUUUACAUAAAAUUUCAAACU